AUGGCCAAGUGGGGACUUGUCAUCUGCAUCCUGGUUAUCACCUUGUUCCUGGACCAGACGACCAGCCACCCUUCCAAGUUAAAAGGCAGGAAGCACAGCAAACGCCGAGUGAAAGUCUGUCUCCGAGGCACAAAAGUUCACAAGAAAUGCUACCUGGCCUCUGAAGUCUCGAAGCAUUUCCAUGAAGCCAAUGAAGACUGCAUCUCCAAGGGAGGCACCCUGGUUAUCCCCAGGAACUCGGAUGAGACCAACGCCCUCCGGGACUAUGGGAAGCAAAGCCUGCCCGGUGUCAAUGACUUCUGGGUGGGCAUCAAUGACAUGGUCACCGAAGGCAAGUUUGUCGAUGUCCAUGGAGCUGCCAUCUCCUUCCUGAACUGGGACCGGGCUCAGCCGAGCGGUGGCAAACGGGAAAACUGUGUCCUGUUCUCCCAGUCGGCUCAGGGCAAGUGGAGUGACGAGGUCUGCCGGAGCAGCAAGAGAUACAUCUGCGAGUUUACCAUCCCUUAA